ACUUAGCGGAAGUCUUACCUGUCUCUCUUUAAUCCCUGAGGAGGGAACACUCACUUCCUGGCAUCACUCACCUGCCGCUUCGACAUUCUCCAAAACUUCCCAAACUUUCCAGGACACUCGAGGCUCCAAACCCAACAGCAUGUCGGGCAUCGCGUCCAACCUGCAGCAUCUCCGGGAGAAGGACCGGGGCGUGGGCACCAACAGCCAGGCGGUCAAGUACCUGAACCAGGACUACGAGGCUUUGCGGCAGCGCUGCUUCGACACCGGCUGUCUGUUCCAGGACGACACGUUCCCGGCGCUGCCUUCCUCCCUGGGCUUCAACGAGCUGGGCCCGAACUCCUACAAGAUCCGAGGGGUGACCUGGCAGAGACCGACGGAGCUGACCUCUGACCCUGAGUUCAUCAUCUCUGGAGCAUCAAGGACUGACAUCUGUCAGGGAGCUCUGGGUGAUUGCUGGCUGCUCGCCGCUAUCGCCUCUCUGACCCUGAACACCGAGGUUCUGGCUCGAGUUGUCCCACAUGGACAGAGCUUCAGGGAUGGAGAGUACGCUGGCAUCUUCCACUUCCAGUUCUGGCAGUUCGGUGAGUGGGUGGACGUGGUGAUUGACGACCGUCUUCCGGUCAGAGACGGGGAGCUGCUGUUUGUGCACUCGGCGGAGGGUAGAGAGUUCUGGAGCGCCCUGCUGGAGAAGGCCUAUGCCAAGUUGAACAGCUGUUAUGAGGCCCUGUCUGGAGGGUCCACCACAGAGGGCUUCGAGGACUUCACCGGAGGAAUCGCUGAGGUUCACGAGCUGAGUCAGCCCAGUCCUCAUCUGUUCCACGUCAUCCAGAAGGCUCAGAAUCGGGGCUCCCUGAUGGGCUGCUCCAUAGAUAUCACGAGCUCGGCUGACUCAGAAGCGAUCACCUCUCAGAAGCUGGUCAAAGGCCACGCCUACUCUGUGACAGGUGCAGCUGAGGUGGAGUUCCGUGGCAACAUGGAGAAGCUGAUCCGCAUCAGGAAUCCCUGGGGCCAAGUGGAGUGGACCGGAGCUUGGAGUGAUGAUUCAGCCGAGUGGCGUUACAUCAGUGAUGAGGACAGGGAGCGUCUGAGUCAUCGCUCAGAGGACGGAGAGUUCUGGAUGUCUUUCUCUGACUUCCUGCGGCAUUACUCGCGGCUGGAGAUCUGUAACCUAACGCCCGAUGCCCUGAGCGACGAUUCCAUCUCCAAGUGGGCUCUGUCCAAGUUCGAUGGCAGCUGGAGGAAAGGAUCCACCGCCGGAGGCUGCAGGAACUAUCCCAACUCGUUUUGGAUGAACCCUCAGUUUGUGAUCAAACUGGACGAGGAUGAUGACGACCCCGAUGACGGAGAAGCGGGCUGCAGUCUCGUGGUCGGUCUGAUCCAGAAGAACCGCAGAUGCAUGAGGAAGAUGGGGGAGGAUAUGCACACGGUGGGAUUUGCCAUCUAUGAGGUUCCUGAGGAGUUCCAAGGUCAGAGGAAUAUUCACCUGAACAGGAACUUCUUUCUGCGUCACGCCUCCAAAGCUCGCUCUGAAACCUUCAUCAACCUGCGAGAAGUCUGCAGCCGCUUCAGCCUGCCACCUGGAGAGUAUCUGAUCAUCCCGUCCACCUUCGAACCUCACAAGAACGGAGACUUCUGUGUCCGAGUCUUCACCGAGAAGCAGGCAGACUUUCAAGAGCUGGAUGACCCCAUCGAGUCCAGGGUGGAGAAGAUAGAGAUCGAUGAGGACGAUGUGGACGAUCGGUUCAGAGGUCUGUUUGGUCAGCUGGCAGGAGGGGACUGUGAGAUUUCUGCCUUUGAGCUGCAGAAGAUCCUGAACAAAGUGGUGACCCGACGAUCUGACAUCCAGACCGACGGCUUCAGCCUCGAAACGUGUCGCAACAUGGUCAACCUGCUGGACAAAGACGGCAGUGGGAAACUGGGUCUGGUGGAGUUCAAGGUGCUGUGGACCAAAGUCGAGAACUACCUGAAUAUUUACCGUCAGAAGGACGUGGAUAAUUCAGGGACGAUGAGCUCCACGGAGAUGAGGACAGCUGUGGAGGAGGCUGGUUUCAGUCUGAACAACCGGCUCCAUCAGGUCCUGGUGGCUCGCUACAGCGAACCAGAUCUCACCAUCGACUUUGACAACUUCGUGGGCUGUUUGGUUCGUCUGGAGAACAUGUUCAACACAUUCAACACGCUGGACACCGACAGCUCAGGAAGCAUUGAGCUCAACUUUCUGGAGUGGCUGAACGUCUCUCUGCUCUGAAGAACCAGGACGGAUCCUGCUGGACUGACGGGGACACCUGAAAUAUUCCACGUGGUGAAUGGAGUCUUAUUUAUGUGUUGUGCUGUCGUCACAGUGUGUUAAUAGGCACUGACUACAUGUUUGUGUAGAGGGGUCUGGGCAGGUAGUCCUGCUCUGAUUGGUCCAGUGGCAUUGGUCUCUUGUGUCUCUGUCCAAACUGGGUCUGAGUUGUUGGUUUGUCCCACCUGAUGCCUUAAUGAUUAACUGCUAAUUACUGACUUAAUAUACAAAAUAAAGAAAGUGGAGUGA